CAGCAGCGGUAGCAACAGCAGCAACAGCAGCAAGCAGCAACAGCAGCAGCAGCAGCAUGCCGACGCGAACGAAGGCGGAGGACACGGAGGAGCUUCUCCGACAGCUGCACGUCGCCGAGGCGGAGGAGGUCGACAUAGAAGAAUCCGAGAGCGAGGAGAGCAAGGCGGCGGCGCGCCGCGCGACGAAGACCGAGGCCAAGAUGCCGCGAAAGCGCGGCCCGAAGAAGAAGAAGAUGACGAAGGCGCGCGUGCUGAAGUUCAAGCUACGGCGCUGCAAGGCGAACUCUCGCGAGCGCACGCGCAUGCACGGCCUCAACGACGCGCUGGACACGCUGCGCGAGGUCAUCCCCGUCUACUCGAAGACGCAGAAGCUGUCUAAAAUCGAAACGCUGCGACUGGCGUCCAACUACAUCACGGCUCUCAGCAGCAUUCUCGACAACGGUAAGAAGCCCGACGUUGUCGCCUUCGCGCAGACGCUGUCGCAGGGCCUGUCGCAGGCGACGACCAACCUCGUCGCCGGCUGUCUACAGCUGAACCCGCGCACGCUGCUUCCCGAUCACGCACGGGCAUACGGCUACACGAUGUACUACUCAAACUCUAACAGCCUGCCCUACACGUACGGCGGACACGGCGGCCACCAGGAGGCGCUGCCGGGCUUUCCUGCCGACGGAUUCCCGCUGCACGGCCUGCAGGCAGACGUCGCGUCGCCGUACGCCCCCGUGCCGGAGUUUAGCAGCAGCCUGAGCGCCUGCGACGGCCCGUUCGCGCGCGGCGCCUCGGCGUGUCUGGAGAAUCGCGGCUACAUGACGUCACCGGAGCGCACGUACGGGACGUCACCGGAAGGUGGGUACGUGACGUCACCGGAAGAUGGGUACGUGACGUCACCGGAACGUGCGUACGUGAUGUCAUCAAGCUGCCAGCAUCAAUCGUUCCCGGGUAGCGGCAGCGGCGGCGGCGGCAGCGGCUGCCCAGAGCAACAACUGACGCGAAUUCCACAGGGCCCACACCAUGGACAUAGCAAGACUAUUGAACUGUGUAGACGACUUAAUAGAAGUAUACCUGAGUUUGUUUACAAACGCAGCAUAGUGGCCGGAUACCACAUGAGAUAG